CUCAAAUCUAAAGCUUGCGAAAAUUAUCUCGAAGUGGCAAAUACAUUUCACAUAUAUUCAUAUAAAGGUGGAAAGCGAAGACGUGCUUGACGAUUUUCUUUAUUAUUUAUAUUUUGCUGAAAGUGGUUUUGUUCCGAAUUUUUAAUUAGUGCUUUGUGGACUGAUAAACCAUUAUUGAUUUUUAUCUCCAUUCAUCAUUAUUCGUAGUUCAUCUGAGAUGAUUCGCAAAGGAAUAGUGAUAUAAUCAAACAGCCAUUGAUCAUUUUAUUAGUUUGAGGAUUAUAUUUGGGACAAAACAAAUGGAUCCAAGAAGUAUUUUCAUUCUGCUGUUUCUACCAAUCGCUCUUGCUUUCACUCCAUCAGUUCAUUUCAUUGAUGAAUCUUCAAAAAAUCCAUUAUGCGAUCUUGGAUGCAAAUGCCCGGAACAAGAACAAAAUUUGGAGUUCCUUGACUGCAGUCGAAGAGGCAUGUCCAAGUUACCAGAUUUCCUUCAAUUUGACGCUCCUCUGACGUCCAUCAAUUUCCAGAACAACCACAUCAGCUCACUCGCAAUGAGAACUUUCGCCAGAGGGGACAGCAUCGAGGAGCUUGACCUGUCCCUUAACAACAUCAGCAAAAUUGAAAACUUCUCAUUUGCGGCCUUCAGAAAUUUAGUGAAAUUGAGGCUUUCUCAUAAUUUUCUGUUAGAAGUUGCGCCAGGACUUCUAGACGGUCUCUCCAAUUUGAGAGUACUUGAAAUAGGACACAAUCUUAUUCAGCAUCUGAAUUUCACAGCUUUUCGAGCGACGCCGGAGCUACAAGAACUCAGAUUGCAGUAUAACCCCCUUUUCAAUCUUCCAGAAGAGUUAUUCCAGUUUCUGCCGAUGUUGGAGAGACUGGACCUUCAGGACACGGGACUGGUAAGAUUACCCAGCGAAAUCUUCAAACCCACUCCGUAUCUUACAUGGCUGUCACUGUCUAGCAAUGCUUUUGAAACCGUACCAGAAGAAGCUCUGUCUCGAGCAAUUCUGCUAGAGAGUCUGGAUCUCAGUGGCAAUGAUUUUACAAGUUUGGAUCGGGGGAACUUCCGCCACCUGACAAGAGUGUCUCUGUUGUAUUUGAACAAUUUACCUCGACUCACACGGAUCGAAAAAGAUGCUUUGAUUGGCAUGCCAUCUCUCAAAACUUUCUCCUGCAGCUACAACCCAAACCUGAUGUAUGUAGAUGAAGGUGCUUUUGGAAGUGAAAACUCUACGAUUUCAAGAGUGAAAACUACGCCUCAUGAUAAGCUAUAUCUGCGACAGAAUGCAUUGAGAACUUUACAAUCCCCUCUUAAGAUGGAAUCUUGGUCAGCUUUGAGUUUCGUUGAUUUAGCAGAUAAUCCUUGGAGAUGUGACUGCAUGAUUUUAUGGAUGAAGCAGCUGAGAAUCGAGACACAAAUGAAUAUAGUGUGUGACAGCCCACUACAUUUACGAGGUCGACCUCUCAGUACCAUUGACGUAACGGAGUUGAAAUGCCAGGGCAGGUGGACUCUCACAGCUUUCAUCCUCAGCAUCUCCGCGAUGGCUGUGUUUGGACUGAUCAUUAUAACCGCUUCGUCUAUAGUGUGUUCCAGGACGCGCCUUGGUUUGUAUGUUCGAGCCAAGAAACAGUUUUCGUACGCCAAAGUGAAGCCCAAGACAGAAACUGUGGAUCUAGAAUGGGAUCCCUCUGCUGACAUAUGAUUUUUUUUUUUCAUUUCACUUUUUUGUAUUUCAAUUAGUGAAUGUAUAGUCCUGUAAAAUAAUAUGGCCGCUGUUAUUUCGAAUUAAGAUUAUGAUGGCUAAAGCAAAGCGGAGAAAAAAAAUGAAAAAUCCAUAUUUAUUCGUAUUAUUAUCCUCUAAAUUUUAAAUAAAAUUUUUGCUUUCACUUUUAAAUUUAAAAUUUCAUAAUAUAUCUUUUUAAGAAGGCAAUAUGGACAGUGCAGACAAUAUGGCAAUUUUUACUAUUUUUUUUCAAUAAAUUCAUUUCUAUUAAAUUUUAAAACCCAGUCGAAUCCGCCAAAUGGUCAUAUUAUCAUCAUCUACCUUACCUGAGUGUGCGAAGUAAACUGCUGUUAUAUGCUAAUAUAGAAUAGACUGUUUUAGUGUUUUUAUUUGACAAAUAAAUAU